AAACUCGGCACUUCUAUGACGUAUUUCCGAGCCGCCGCGGCUUACGGAAGCCGUGGUAUCUACGGAGGGACGGGAGGCCGCAAAAAUGGUGGUAACCAGGUCUGCACGUUCUGGGGCUAGAAUACAAGUCACGUCGGCCGCCAGCUCCCAGCAGAAGAGUUCUGCUGCUGGAGGAAUUCAGGCACAUCCAGAAAGCAAGAAGGAAUCUCAACCUGAUAACCAAAGCACAGCUGAAUCGCAGACUGCUGGAAAAAGUUCAAUCUCUAUAACUCCUAAAAUCAGAAAGAGAAAGAGCAGGACUACCACAGGCUCACCAGCAGAGAUAACUGAACCACCUACUGAUGGAGAAUUCUCUGAAACAGAGUCAAAUUGUUCUUCACCAUCUGAGAUCCAGGAGCCUAUUCUGAGAAUAACUAGGAGAAGACAGAUCAUAAUUGCACCUACACCAGCAUCCACUGUAAGAAAAAAGCAGAAAAUAACUGCACUAAAUGAAUCUGUUGCCGAAGAAAUUGUCUCUGAAGUAGAAUCUCACACUUCAGGUGUUUCUAGAAUUGGGUCUUCGCCAGAAGUGACAAGAACCAGAAAUAAGGCCACAUCUCUAACUGGUCAAAACCAAGAAUCACAUGCAGAAGUUCUAUCUGAUGCUGAGUCAUCAUACUCUGACAUUUCAUUCCCUGGAAUUAUACAUAAGAGAACUACCAGAAUUGUGCCAAGGAAAUUACAGGCACAAACUGAUAAUAAACAUACUAAGAUUGUACCAGAAAAUAAGGGAAUCAUGGAUAUCUCUAUGAAAUCAGAGGAUUCAGGUACCAGACGGAGUUUGGAUGAAGAGGAAAACAGAAGAAUAGAUGAAGAAAAGGAAAAUGAUAAAAGUUCUCAGUUGAAAUGCCUUUCUAAACUUCAGGACACUAGUCUUCAGCAGUUAGUCUCUCAAAAGCAUUCAACCCCUGAAAAUAAGGCCACAUCAGAGCCCUCAAAUCUGAACCAUGAGGCCAUCAUGAAAUCAUUAGCACAAACAUUUGCAGUUGUAGAAGUAAACAGAUGGAAUGAAAAGGGAAAAAGCACCAUAAAAGUAAAUGACUUGACAAAGUUCAGUGGUCAGGGUGGUGAUUAUGAUGAAGAAUCCACAAGUAAAGUUGACAGUGAGCACAACAGUGAAAAGAGUAUAGAUGAAUGUGAUGCCAGACUAAACAAACCUGAGCUGGACCAGUCUCAGGAUAUAGAGGAUUCUGUCUUACUAGUUCUCAGCAGUGAUGAAAGCCAGCAAUCUGAAAGCUAUGAAAGUGAACAGGACACUCUGUGUUUUGUUGAAAAUAGUGGUCAAAAGGAAUCAUUAAAUGGAAACUCAGAAAAUACAUCUCAUGAAAAUGCAUUCUUUGUAAUUGACACAACUCCUGGAAUCAAUGCUGAUAAAAAAUUUUACUUGGAAGAUAAGGCAAGUGAGGAUAUCACUGAGGAAGAAAAAGAAGAGGAAGAAGAUGAAAACAGUGAGGAAGAACCAUCAGAUAGUGACAGAAAUAAAGAUGAGUAUAGUGAUGAAGAUGACUUACUAAAUAACACAAAGUCUAAACUUCUGAAGUUGACAAGUAGCAGUAUAGACCCUGGUCUGAGUAUCAAGCAGUUGGGUGGUGUAUAUAUUAAUUUCAAUGCAGAAAAACUUCAGUCAAAAAAGAAAACUCUAACACAGAUCAAGGAGAAAAAGAAAAAUGAGCUCCUACAGAAAGCGGUUGUUACACCCGAUUUUGAAAAAAAUUAUUGUGUCCCACCAUAUAGUGAAUCAAAGCGGCAACUUCAGAAAAAACGCAGGAAAGAGCGACAAAAAACUGCAGGUGAUGGUUGGUUUGGCAUGAAAGCUCCAGAACUGACUGAAGAACUUAAAAAUGAUCUCAAAGCUCUGAAGAUGAGAGCAAGCAUGGAUCCAAAAAGAUUUUACAAGAAAAAUGACCGAGACGGCUUCCCUAAGUACUUCCAGAUUGGAACUAUUGUUGACAAUCCAGCUGAUUUCUACCAUUCACGAAUUCCCAAGAAGCAAAGGAAAAAGACUAUUGUAGAAGAACUGCUGGCUGAUUCUGAGUUCAGAAGAUAUAACCGAAGGAAGUACUUAGAGAUCAUGGCUGAAAAAGCAGCAAACGCAGCUGGAAAAAAAUUCAGGAAGAAGAAGAAAUUUCGCAAUUAAUAUUCACCAAGCAAAGUAUUUUACAUCUUCCCUUUAUUUAUUUAUAAAAGAUGUUUUAAAGACUAAUACCAUUACACAACUUUACUAGCUCUGUUUAUAUAGAGAUUUCUGUUUGGAAAUAAAAUUGACCAGUAGGUAAUCAAUCACAUGCCUUUUGAAAUAAAAGUAAAUAUUCUACAAAAGGCCAUUCUGGCUUAGACUGCUUAAGAAGGAAAAGAUAUCUCAACCAUUUUAAGAUAAUUAACAUUUUUGCCAGGUAUGGUGGCUCACACCUGUAAUCCCAGCACUCGGGAGGCUGAGGCAGGAGGAUCGUUGGAGUUUGAGACCAGCCUAGGCUACAAAAUGAGCUCACGGCCAGCCUGAACUGCACAGUGAGACCCUGUCUCAAAAAGACAAAAAAAGAUAAUUAACUUUUUGUCAGGUUUUUAGUGCUUGGUUAUUUAAGGAAAAUUUACUUAAAAGGUAUAGCAUCUGCCAAUAUGUUUAAAGAACUUAAUGUCCUGUGUAGUUUUAUAUAUACGUAUACAUGUGUGUAUAUGUGAACAGGGGAGUUGGUAGGGAGGCAGUAUCCUAAAAUUAGUUGCAAAUUCACAUCUAGGUUGGUCAAGCUGGGAUACAGAGAUCUGCUUGUUUGCAGUUUACAAGUCACAACUGAAAAUGAAGGAAUGAUAAGUGUAUUCUUGGAGCAAAUGUAUAUUAGCAUUAAACCAAAGAACUAAGUGAAGUUAUAAAGAAGCCUUAAAAGAUAAGUUUCCCAAGAAAGUUUGGGAUGUAGGUGGAAGAUAUACAAAAGCUGUUUUCUUUUCUUGGUGCCAAAAAAGGAAUAGUUGAUCUUAUAUACAUUUACUGUUUUGUUUCAAGCAAAACAGGAUUGAAAAGUAGCAUUUUAAUUUGACCAGAAGGUGAAGUGGCUCAGUUUAUUUCCUCUCCAAAGGCACAAUAUGCUUGCUGGCUAAGUGGCUUUCUGCCAGCAAGAACAGUUGGUCAUUUCUAUUGCUUCUUGGUGAGUUUUAGCCUCCUUUAUAGCAUUAUUUACUGUAUCUUUAUUUUCCUAGCAUACUAUUUUGGAUUUCAGUAAAUGUAAGAUCUUGUAUUUUAUUGUUUGGGGUCAUAAACAACUUAGUAAAACAGUAAAGACAAUAGCUUUCGCUGGUAAAGUUAGGGGAGCAUUUAUAUUUUCUUUUAUAGAAAAACUUAUUUCAAAAAUACGUUUUGCCUUCUGUGUAAUAUAGAAUCUCAUGACAGAAUUAAGUAUUGAGAGAGAAAGAAGAAAUAGUUAUAAGUUACCUGUUAAGGCUUGGAUCUUAAAUGAUCCCAAAUUCUCAUACUAUAGAAAAUUUUGGUUUGUAGCCCAUGGUGUUACUGGAAGGUGGUGAAACCCAUAGGAGGCAGGGCCUAGUGAAAAAAAAGUUAGGUCCCUGGGGUUGUGCCCUGGAAGGAGGUAUUUGGGACUCUGCUCUUUUUCUCUUGUAUCCUGGCCAUCAUGACAUUCUGCCUUUCCAUAGACCCAGCGGUGACAGGGCUCAGUAGUCUGUGGGAACUGAGACCAUGAACCAAAAAAACUUUCCUCCUUUUAUUUUUAUUUUAUUUUAUUUUUUUAUCGGUAUCAGGGAUCGAAACCACAACCUCCUGCUUGCAAGGCAGGAGCUUAUGCCACUGAGCUAAAUCCCCAGCCCUGACUUGCCUCUUUUUAAGGUGAUUAUUUUGUCACAGAUGGAAAACUGACUAACACACCAUUUAACCUGUAGUAAAGUUGAAAGGCUUUAACAAAUGUAAAAUACUUAACCUUAUUCAAAUGACAGGAAUUAUUCAACUAAAAAUUCACCUAUUAAUAUUUAUUAUGUAGGUGUAUAGCUUUUUUAUAUCAAAUGUGACAGGCUACACAAAUUACAGUAUCUAAUGGUAUACUUUUAAGUAAAGGCCAGAAGGUAAAAAAAGCUUUGGUCUUUUGUUCUCUGAGUGAUCCUCGCCUACAGAUAUCUGCAUAUCGCAACAUGUGAUUGGGUUAUGAUAACCCUAUUUUUAAGCUUAAUAAGUUGAAGAUGCUUGUAAUACACUUAACAUACUAAACAUUACACCUUAGCCUAGCUUACCUUAAAUUAUACUCAGAACACUUACAUUAGUUUAUGCUUAUACAAUAUAGACUAUGUAAGUGUCAAGUAUGUCCAUCAUGUGAUUUAUUGUGUACCUGUAUCCAAACAAUGAUGGCAAUACAGCAUUCUGGUCUUACUAUUAUUUUCCUUAAGAUUACAUGCUGACUAGGGGUUGUAUAUCACUGCCACUGCCCAGGGAAAUGUCACUAGCCUAGGCAAAGUUUAAAAUUCCAAGUAUAGUUCCUACUGAAUGCAGAUUAUUUCUCACCAUUGUAAAAUUGAAGAAUUGUAAGUCAAACCAUCUUUAAGUCAGGGACUACUCAUCUUUGAAAAAUGGUUGAAAUUAUUUUGCUUUUUAAGCAAAGUAACUCUUGAGAAAAGUUUUGGUGACUAUGGAUUUGCCUAAUUUGGACAUUUCAUAUAAAUGCAAUGAUACAGUAUAUAGUCAUAUUUAAGUUCAUGUUAUAGCAUGAAUCAGUAUUUCAAUUCCUUUUGGUUGCUGAAUAAUAGUCCAUCAAAUAAAUAUACUACAUCUUGUUUAUCAGUUGAUAGACAUUUGGGUUGUUUCUACAGCUGACCAUAAAAAAUGAUGCCACUAUGGACAUUCUUGUACACAUCUUUGUUUAAAAGUUUUUUACUUUUAUUGUUUUUGGUUGAAACAGGAUAUAUGUAAUUCAGGCUGCCCUUAAACUAUGUAGCCAGUGCAGGCCUUAAACUUGCAGAAGUCUUCCUGCCUUAGCCCCAUGGCAGCUGGGAUUACAGGCCAGUGCCACCAUGGCCUACCUUGGGCACAUUUUUUAAUUUGGGUGUAUACCUGGAAGUGGGUUGCUGGGUCAUAUAACUCUAAUGUGUUAUUUUCUUUGAGAAGUUGCCAGACUUUUCUCAAGAGUGUAUACCAUUUUACAUACCCACUGACAUACUAUAUGAGGAUUUCAGUCUUGUCAGCAUCUGUCUUAUGCCACUUCCUAUUGUGAUUUUGACCUGAGAAACUAAUAUUUUUUAUUAAAGGCUAUGAAAAUAUCCAGAA